UAAAAACUGGCUUCCCUCCAAUUUGCUAGACCAGCAUCAACGGCGAGGAUGACGUUCUCACCUGUUCGUAUCACGAAGGUCCCUUCUAUAAAAAAUGCACCGCUACUUGGUUUAGCAGAAGGCAAUGGUUACUUCUCAAAUGCUCAACUCGCUGCUCUCGUCCUCGUCGUACCAUGGAUCAUCAAACGCAUCCUUCCCUUUGUAAACCGUGGCGGCCUUAAGACAUAUCUCUUCAUGCUCGUCAUCACAGGUAUCCCUGUCACUGUCGCUUAUUGGGCUGUAGCGAGCACCUAUGGUCGUCGCAAAAACGUCAAAGUUCUUAUGCCCGGUAAAGACCUCGAAGACUACAUCACUAUCCACGACCCGGAACUCAAGGAAAAAUACCACGGCAACACGAAAAUCCCAAUGCAGGUCUUCCACGACGCGUACUUUGAAGGCAAGAUUGACUUUAAGGGUGACGUGUUGGACAUCAUGGAGGAACGUCAUGAUUGGGCAAAAAUGGUCAUGACACCUGAACUUUUCAAAUACGUCUUCACGAAUCUCCUUCCCGAGGUCAUCGUUCACUCUCAAUCUCAAGACGAAGAACAGGUCCGCGACCACUACGACAGAGGCGAUGACUUUUACUCAUGGUUCCUCGCAGACGCCAACAAAGACGCCUCCCUUGAAGAACUCCAAGACAACAAACUCCGCCUCGUCUGUUCCAAACUGAACCUUAAACCCGAUGACCGUCUCCUCGAUGUCGGCUGCGGCUGGGGUAUCACCCUUGGUAAAAACCAGACCAAAUUUGGUAACGAGCGCAUCAAGACCAACGGCGUCACCCCCGACAAGGCUCGUAUCCUAUGCAUGGACUACAGGGAUAUCCCAGGCGGCCCUGGACACUUUACCAAGAUCGUCAGUCUGGAAAUGGCAGAGCAUGUCGGAAUCAGGCGCUACGGUUCAUUCAUGCGUCAAAUGUACGACCUCCUCGAGGACGAUGGCAUCUUCGUCCUCCAAGUUGCCGGUAUCCGUCCUUCAUGGCAAUACGAGGACCUGAUCUGGGGUCUCUUCAUGAAUAAAUACAUCUUCCCCGGUGCAGACGCUUCUUGCUCUCUCGGCUGGGUUAUCAAUCAAGUCGAAGCCGCCGGGUUUGAAGUGAAGAAUAUCGAUGUCUUGGGCGUGCAUUAUAGCGCUACUAUCUGGAGGUGGUAUUUGAACUGGGUUAGCAACCGCAAGGAGGUCGUAGAGAAAUACGGCGAACGCUGGUACCGAAUCUGGGUCUUCUUCCUCGCCUACAGCACCAUCAUCUCCCGCCAAGGUAGUGCCAGCGUCUUCCAACUCACCUUGCACAAGAACCUCAACGCCUACCACCGUGUUCUGGGCGUUGAGAAUCAUUGGAGUUUGCAGGUGCGCGAUGGGAGGGAUGCGGAGAUUAGGUGAGUUUUUUUCUAGAUUAGUUAUGCUUUGUUGAACUGGACUGAUGCGCGCGUUGGAAGCUUGGUGGAGUGAAAAACUAC